AAAAGUGAACUCUUACUGGCAGGAUAGCCACUAGCGCGUAGAAGAAUGGCUGAAUCGGAGGACAUGAGUAGUAGUAGUAAUAGUAGCAGUAAUGGCGGCAGCAGGGAGGACAUACACUUUUUCGAAGGCGUCGAAAAGCUGCUGGAGAUCUGGUUCGAGCCGAACCCAGCGAACAAGGGUGCCGAUUUGCGGAAAAUUCCCAGACCGAUGUGGGAUGCGCUGCUGAAAACGGUGCGCUGUGAAAUCAUUAGCUUCACCAGAAACGACCAGAUCGAUGCUUAUGUGCUAAGCGAGAGCAGCAUGUUUGUCUCGAAGCGGCGUUGGAUUCUGAAGACGUGCGGAACUACGACGCCUCUGCAGUGCUUCGAGCCGCUGCUUCGUCUCGCGUCCGAGAUCGGCGGCUACGCCGAGAUCGAGGAUCUGUUCUACUCGCGCAAGAACUACAAGCGCCCGGAGCUGCAGGUUUCGCCGCACCGCGGCUUCGAGGAGGAGGUCGCCUUCCUUGACUCAUAUUUCGACGAUGGGCGCGCCUACAGUCUCGGGGCGAUCAACCGCGACUGCUGGCAUCUGUACACGCUGAGCCGCGGGGGAGGGGGCUCCAAUGUUAAGAAACGCAACGGCCACAUUCAUCAGCUGCACCGCGAGCAGCAGCAGCAGCAGCAGCAGCAUCUUCAUCAUCUUUCGGCUGACCAACAGCAACAUGAGCUGCAGACGAUUGAGGCAGCCAUGAUGAUGCAGGAGCUGCCGGACCCAGACCAGACGAUCGAAAUCCUGAUGACCGAUCUCGAUCCGAAGGUGAUGGCCAUUUUCACCAAAGAUGAGUGCAGCACGGCCAACGAGGCUACGCAGAAAUCGGGAAUUCAUAGACUCAUUCCCGGCAUGGUCAUCGAUGAUUAUCUCUUCGAUCCGUGCGGCUAUUCCAUGAAUGGCAUUUCGAAGAAUUGUGGAAAAAAAUACAAAGAGGGAUGCUACAUGACCAUCCACAUCACUCCGGAGCCGGAAUUUUCGUACGUCAGCUUCGAGAGCAACCUUGCGUCGACGGCGUACGCCGAGCUUAUUUCGCGCGUAAUUCGCACUUUCCAGCCGGGAAAGUUCAUUGUGACGGUGUUUGCGAAUAAGACAUCACCAGCCGCGAACGCGAACCGCGAGAUUGAACAUCUGGGAACCAUCGACCAGUGGAAGCGCCGCGAUAUCCAAUAUUCGCGCUUUUCGGGCUACGACCUUACGUACGCCCAAUACUGCAAAUACCCUAGCUGAGACUUACCGUGCCCGGCUCCUGCCUUAGGGGCUACCUCCUCCCUCCCUUCCCUUGCUCCUUCUUCCAUCCCGUCCCUCUGUUCGGCUUCCCGCACGGCGCCUGAUGCGUUCUCUGGCGACUGUGUAUCGCACCCGAUUACUACUCCUUAUCCUCCUCCGAAGCAAUAU